AUGCAAGUCGUUACUUCGGUUCCUACCUCUGAGUCGUCAAGUAGCUCGUCAUCAUCCGAGUCGUCUACAUCAUCGCCGGAGUCUACAUCGUUCACGUCUUCUGUCGAGUCCACAUUCUCCACCGAGCCCACAUCUACAUCGUCUGCCGCCCCCGAACCAACCGGAUGCACCGAGGGGUUGACAGCUUGUGGAACCACAUGCCUCGAUCUCAAGAAUGACCCUGAGAACUGCGGCGGGUGUGGCGUGAAGUGCGACUCCGGCAUGUGCAGCAACGGCGCCUGCGCGACCAACUCCUGCACCGGGCAGACGUGCGACACCUUUACCGCCUGCGGGCCCGGCGGCUCGUGCGUGUGCGCCUCGGUCGCGGGCGGCACCGGCUUCUGCGCCGACGGCCAGACGCCCUGCGCCGGCCUGACCGACUGCACUACCAGCGCCGACUGCCCCGUGGGAAGCGUCUGCGCCGUCGGCACGUGCUGCUCCCGCAACGUGUGCAUCGUCGCCGACACCUGCGGCACCUCGACCAGUCCCGCGCGGCUGUUCAGGCCUAGGGGCGCCUCUUUUGCAGCGAUGUACUUUUGCGGAUAUUUGGGCUUGAGGACUGAAAAACCAGCUUCUGGCACGGGACUGCCCGGGGAUACUAUCGAGUCGACACCAAUGCCAAGACGGGACUUGAUCGAUCGAGUCCGUGUUUGGGAGCCGGCAGCGGAAGCACGGUCUUUGGAAAGUCACACGGACCUCGUCCCAGCGAGUUUCAAACAUCACCCAAGCAUCACGAUUAGAACAACCGCUUUUUUCUGCGUCACUUCUACCCCUCGCGCCACUCUUCGAAGCAUCCACCCUAAGUCAAAAAAGCACCGAGCACCAGUUACCCAAAUUAUGCCCUCCGAGACCAAUGGAGUCCCUAUCAAUGGGGCUCCCAACAGCAAUACAGUCCCAGCAACACAGGAUGGAGCGAAAAAUGCGCCAGCUGCCGACAAUUCAGCUGCUACCCCCGCCAGCACGGAAAAGCUCACUGCAGCGCAGUUGAAAGCCAAGGCUAAGGCAGAAAAAGCAGCAAGGAGGGCACAAGUAAAAGAGGCUAGAGUCGCGGCGCCAACACCGUCCCCGAUUCAAGAAAAAGGUGCCACGGCGGAUGCGAAAGGAGGCAAGGGCAAAGGGCGGCAGGAUGGGCAGCAAUCCCAGGGCAAAGGGGGGCAGUUGCAGGUACCUCCAGCCACUGGGCGGCGGCCAUCCUCUCCAGUGCUUGAGAAAGAUGUCAGGAGUGGUGUCCCCGAUUGCUUUAGUCAUAUUCCGAUGUCGAAGCGGAUACCGACAUCUCAGGCUCACAAAGACGUACACCCCGCUGUGCUGGCAGUUGGCCAGCAGAUGGCAACAUUUGCCCUCAACGACAGUAUCUCCCGUCUAAAGGCGACUCUUUUGGCAUUUGCGAAGGUCAUCGAGUCGUACGAGACACCCAAAGGGAACUCGCUGUCUCGGCACUUUGUGCCACACGUCCUCAACCCCCAGAUCGAGUACCUCACCGAGUGCAGGCCGAUGUGCUUCGCUAUGGGCAAUGCUAUCCGGCUGCUUAAGGGGAAGGUUAACAAAUUCGAUAUUGAUACGGCUGAGGACGAAGCGAAAGAGGGUCUCCUGGAAUGGAUCAACUUUCUGAUCAAGGAGCGGAUUACCCUGGCCGAGUACGCCAUCGCUAGGAAUGCCGCCGAGUCAAUCAACGAAGGCGACACCAUUCUUACAUACGGCCGCCACCGGCUAGUUGAGAAGACCUUUAUCGAAGCGAAGCGCGACGGCAAGUCGUUCGAUGUUACCGUCAUUGACGAUCCGUUCGAGCGCACCGGUCAGGAUCUAGCAAAGACCCUACGACAAGCCGGGAUCCCGGUGCUUUACUCCCCCAAUCUUGGCGGUCUCCGACCCAAGGUGGCGGCGGCCUCCAACGUCUUUCUCGGAGGCGAGGCCAUCUUUGCCAACGGUUCGCUCCAUGCAUCAUCAGGAACGGCCGACGUAGCCAUGGCCGCCAUGAAUGCCGGCGUCAAGGUGAUUGUUCUUUGCGAGACCAUCAACUUUGACCGAGACCGUGUGUCGGUCGAUUCGCUCACGUACAACGAGAUCGACCCUGAGAGGAACACGGGGGAUUGCUUCCGGUUGCUGUUUGACAACACCCAUGACAAGUACAUCACGGGCGUCAUCACCGAGUUCGAGAGUGGUGGUGGCAACUCGCCGGCCCAAGCCAUCCUGGCUCUGUUGAGGAAGCAAGAGGACCCUCUUAUUGACUAA